AUGAACAGAAGACGAAGUCGGUCACCCAAGCGACGAGAGGGCGGGUCGCUUCGGUCACGUGAUGACAACCGCGAGUACGACCAACACCGGGAUCGGCGGAGUCGGUACCCUUCAGCAGUUGAAGAUCGAGAGCGGCAACGGUCCACGCGAGACAACGAGCGUACACAAACACAGCCGCAACGAGGGGGUCAGAGACGAGACUCGCAGCCAGACCAUGAGUACGGCGACGAGGCCCAGAGUCGCAAGUGGAUAGAAGGAGAGGGGGCAUUUUUGUUGAAACAGAAGCGGAUGGGAUCCAUUCUUCGUAUCAACCAGGGUCGUGCAUCUUCGGUGGAUCUGUUCAAUUUGAUUCUCAUGAUUUUGGAGCGCGACAGUCCCGCAAAUAGGAAUUAUCCUACGUACAGCAUUCACGAUCAGGAGAUGAUGGAGGGACGGGAGGCCCAGAUUCCUUCUGUGGAGACUCUUUUGGACGGCUUGAAGACCUCGGAUCAGACCCAGUUGUCCGAGAUGGCCAAGAUUGAUCCCGAGAAUGCGUCGUACUGGGGAUCAGCUCUCCAGUCGGCGUCCAACAGAGACUCUCAGGAUUCUAGUAAACUGAGUGUGGUGAGAGACGACAUUGAAAAAGUGCUGGGAGGUAAGAACAGAGAGCAGUUGGCAGAUCUGGAGGCUCGGAUGCAAAAAAUGAUAGAUUCGGGAGCCGCACCCAACCGGGAGUUCUUCCAGGAUCUUGUGGCGCAUUCUAAGGAUCGAAGAAUGCGGUUGGUGCUGGAUGAGAAGCGAUCCGAGGCAAUUGAGACCAGAUACAAGCAGCUGUGUAAGGAGGCUGGAACCACGCCGCAGACUCCGUUCACCGAAGAGCUGUACGUCAAGGCUGUUGAGCAAUACAAUGUUGAAUGGGACAAGAGAAAGCCCCAACAGAAGUCUGCUGCUUCCGAGAAGACUCCAGCUGCUCCUGACUUCCAAAACGCCGUUGACGACGGAAUGGCUGACGGUCUGUUGCCCCAGAUCACAGACGCCGACGGUGUUAUCGACCUUUCCAAGGGUAUCACUGAUGAGAGUUCGCGAGAUACUGAAGAGGCCGAGCUGUACCAACAAAGUGAUGAGAUCAAGGUGGACAAGAAGACUCGUCCCCGGUUCCACAACCGAGUUGUUCUUGGAUUCGACUGGAACAAGUACAACCAGACGCAUUACGACUCCAACAACCUGCCUCCUAAAACCGUGCAGGGUUACAAGUUCAACAUCUUCUACCCCGAGCUACCCGAAGGCAAGACUCCUUCAUACCAGGUCAUCAAGAUGAAGAACGAAGACAUCACAAAACAGCGGGAGACCUGUCUGCUAAAAUUCACAGCUCCAGCUCCAUAUGCAGACUUAACAUUUCGCGUUGUGGAUCGAACAUGGGAUUAUGCUGCUCGAGGAGACGGCAAAUACAACUCCAGCUACCAUAAUGGUGUUCUGCAACUUCAUUUCCGGUUCAAGAAGGACUUCUAUAAAAAGUAA